CCUGCAGUCCCAGGUUAGUUACCAUCAGUACCAGCAGUUGACGCUUAGUUGCCUCGAGGCGUGUUUCGACGUGUUUCCAUGUGUUUCUCACACUUCCGGUCCUUUUAAGUCACACAAAUUAGUUGUAAAAUUUCGCUUUCUUCAAAAAAAGGUGCAGAAAUUAAUUUUUGUUAAUGUUAGAUUUUUCGAAAUUUGGAUGACUGACCCACGUGAGUAGCCGGCCGGUGCUUUCUAAAAAUACUUUCUGCAUCUGAUCAUCAUGAAUGUUAAAAACAGUCUCCUGGAUUUUAAACCGCUUACGAUCUCUUCUGAUCAGGCUUCAGCUAAACUUAAUCAAAAUUUCAGCCUCUCUCGACUAAUGGAGAUGACGAAUUUGGACGAUGAUUGCGCACUUGUUAAACAUUUGCGAAAAAUCUCGAUAAGCAGUUCUUCAUCCGUAGAUUCCGGUUUAUGUGAAUCUGAAGGGUUUGCAUGUGUCUGCAAUGGGUCCAAAAAGACUUGCGAUCUUUGCGCAGAAUCCAAGGCGAAAUCUGAGCCCGAUAUCUACAACUACAUGUCCUUGGCGAUGAAAAUAUUGAAGACAGUUCCUGCAAUUACGAUCUGCCAGGAUCAUCCCAACUUGGCUGGAAGUCUCUAUUGCAAAUCUUGCCAUGUACCGUAUUGUGGAGAAUGUGAAAUUAAAAUUCACUUUGGCCAUGAUGUAGGGUUUCUUCAUGAUGAAAUUGAAAGGGCUGCUCUCACGGCAAAAAAUAUCACGGCUGAGACUUAUACUGUAUUGGAUACGGUUAACAGCAAUCUUCGAUGUGUAAAGGAUGCUAUGGACUCAAUCGAAAACAGCUCAAAACGAGCAACAGCCGAUCUGCUCACUUCAUACAAUCAACAGUGGCUAGCCCUCAAGAGUAGGUACACAGCAGUGUUGGAAGAAAUGCACAAGACAAAAAUGCAGAAAAUCAAACCACUGACAGAAAGAGAAAGCACCUUAGUGAGCGGCAUGAAAAGAUUAAAAAAGUCGCUAAGCAGACAACGAACAGCGGCUCAAUACACACAAGUAACAGGAAAUCCUCUGCAUCUCAUAGUUGCAAAUGACAUAGCAAGUGGAUCAAUUUUAAAAAUUGAACGUGCCUGUUGGGACAACAAGAUACCAUACGAGUUGGACACUUUCGACACUUUUGAUACAUCAAUAGAACCAGUAGUUACCGCCAUUUCCCAAUGGGGGCGCAAAAUAGACGUCAAUCCUGGAUCCAUUGGAGAAGGACGAGCAGUGAGAGGAGUCGGAAUUUGCCUUCCAAGACCAAACACUCAUGAACGGGUUGAAAGAGGACUCGAAGUUUCCAUUCCAUACGAAAUAUCUUUUCACGAAGAUCGUCCAGCAAUUGCCUACGGAAGACCAGUUCAUGGCUGCCCAACUGGAGUCGUUGUCUGGACAGAACAAAGCCAACCAACCAGAGAUGAUCGGUCCCCAAUCACAAUUAUUGGUGGCGCUGAGGAAGUCCUUUCUGAUGGUAGCAAACUCUGCAGACCUUGGGGUGUCACCUGCGACCGAAAUUCCAACAUCCUCGUCACUGACAGAUCCAAUCAUCGGGUUCUAGUUUUCAAAGAAGAUGGUACCCUCAUCCGCACAUUUGGGGAGAAGGGUUUCAAAGAUGGUCAGUUCAACACCCCUGCUGGAAUCACAGUCGAUGCGAAGCAGCGGAUCAUCGUUGCUGAUAAGGACAAUCACAGGGUUCAGAUCUUCACGACGGCUGGUGAAUUCAAGCACAAAUUCGGACGCCAUGGAUUCGAAAGUGGAUAUCUGAACUACCCGUGGGAUGUGGCGACGAACACAGAGUGUCAGAUUGUAGUCUCGGACUCCAAGAACUGCAGGAUCCAACUCUUUAGCUCUGCGGGAAUUUUUUUGAGGGAAUUUGGCGGGUUUCCAACGGGCUUGAAGAGAUGGUUCGAGUCUCCUAGAUCAGUGGCUUUUAGACCAGAUGGAUGUUGUGUUGUGACUGAUUUGGAAGGCAGUGAUGUGAUUUGUGUUUAUCCUGACUUUGCAAAUGCUAAACGUCUGAGUUCGAUAAUUCCGAAGGAUGAACAACUGUCGAAGCCUCAGGGACUAGUCAUUGAUGAUGAGGGGAACAUGAUAAUCGCGGAUUCGAGAAAUUACUGUCUGAAGAUUUUUGACAAUGAGGGUGUUUUCCAAAGACGACUUGGCCAACUGGGAGUGGCGGAUACGGAAAUGGAUCGACCUGGUGGAGUCGCUUUGCUCCCGGAUGGUAGAAUUGUGUUUGUUGAUUUUGGAAACAAUCGGAUUGUGAUACGUUGAAGGCUUCUUUUUCGGGGAAAGAAGCUGUAAGCCUAAAUUUAAUUGUGGUUUUUACUAGAUAGUAAAAGGAUCUGGUAUUUUGUAUCAAUUUUAUAUUAUGACUAUCUGUAAUCGUGAAAUUCUGUGAUUCUGAUAAUUUUUUCACCGCAAAAUGGAUGUAAUCAUAAUUUUAUUGUAUGACAUUUUUUAUAGAAAGACUUUAGGAUCCCAUAGGGAAUUAUUUCAAUUAAUUUUUAAUUGACUCAAACAUUUUGGUAAUGUGAUAUUUCGGUCGGUGAAUGGAUUCUGAAAAUUACAAAUUAUGUAUCAGGAACAUUGUCAUAUUUCGCAAGUGCAAAGCUUUGGUUUGCAUGAGAUUUAUUAAUAAUGUUGAAUUUUGACAGAAUUAAUUAGAAAGUUAAUUAUUUUGUAAUUUUUCACUUAAGAUUUUAUUUAUUUACAUCAUUUUAAAUGCAAUCUUAAAUCUGAAUAAAGUUUAAAUUACAAUCUAAAUUUUAUAGUCUCAUCAAAUGUUACAAUUUUGGGUUUUUAAUCGACUUAAUUGUAUCUAUUUCUAUUAUAUGUCUAUAUCAUUUUUAUAUUUUACUAUCUUAUAAAAUUGUAAAACAAUUCAGACAUUGAAUGUUGACGAGGAGGGUCUAAAUAAAUCCCCACUGACUUAUGUAAUCAUAGUAUGCAAUAAAAAAAGAAUGGCAAUAAUGAAUUUUAAAUAUGAAAAUAAA